UCAUUCUUUCCAGCGUCACGGAAUCCGUUUCCUGUAAUGGUGGAGCAGACAUCCUGCGCUUCAAGGCCACUCAAGAGGAGUUUGAUGAACCAUCAGCGAACAUUUCACCAGAAGGAGCCCAAGACCGCGCUGUCGGAGCUGCCGGUGGCACACAUCCCUGGCAAGAUUGCAGCCGGCGCCGCCAACAGUUCACCAACGAAGACAACGCAUGAAGUUGCUUCUACCAGUUUGGUGGAUCAAGAAGUCAGCCCCACACGGCAGUUGGCCGUUGAGUGGUGCCAGGAUGGCUUGAAUUUGCUCACUGGUUCACAACCGCUGAUGGGUGGUCCUUGCUACUUCAAAUUCCUUGUGCCGAACAGCUUGGCUGGUGCAUUGAUUGGCAGAGAUGGAAGUUCGAUGGGGGAGAUCGAAGUGGCAUCGGACUGCAAGUUGCGGAUCUCGGGCCCGAAGGUCCUUUUUCCUGGGACUACGGACCGCAUGUGCAUCGUGGCUGGCAAAACUGGUGAGGCUCUCGAGAUUGCAGCCAUGAAGGUCAUUGACCGGAUGGUCAUGACGCAGUCGCGUGUCCCUUCUUCACAAAGACGUUUGGUUUUCAGACUGGUCGUGCCCAAGUCUGCUGCCAGCGCCAUCAUUGGCUGGAAUGGAGAAACCGUACAGCGAAUCGCCAAAGAGAAGUAUUGCCGAAUCAACGUCAGCUGCCGAGUACCAGAGUUUCAGGAACGCGUGGUGACGAUCUUCGGUGAAAAGAACUACCUAUGCGAGGGCCUCCGACAAGUGAUACGGCGGAUGCAGGGUGCUCCUCAUUUGCAGGAGCACAUGCAUUUUGAGUACAAGCAGGAGCUGCCCUUUGGCGUCUGGUACUGGAGUCCGGAGAACAGGGAGCCGGAGAACCCCAACAGUCCGUUGAUGCCCUACGAGGUGGCUCAGACCAAGAGCAAGAGGGAGCUCAUCGAAUACUUGGUGCAGACAGCGCCAAAAGACGUGCUGGCACGGACGCGACUCCUGGGGACGAUGAAAAAUGCGCUGAAGAAGAGGACCCACAAUGAUAUGCUCGAGGCGGUCAAGGAGGUUUGGAACCUUCGGGCAGGCGAAAAUGUUGGAAUAAUACAGAGUCUCGGCAAGCACGACGGGCCUGUGUCCUUGCAGCCUGGAGUGUUGACGCCUGGAUUGGUGAAAGGCGGUGAACCAGUCCCGGGCGAGCCGCCGCCAACCGACGGAGCUGAGCUGUCGGAUGAAGAGGACUUCGACGAGAUUGAGGUUGUCAUCGUCCAGGGCUCAGACAGAGCAGAGGAGGACUCGGACGAAGAGGAGGAACCGUUUGAAGAGGUUGUUUCCCAAAGCAGCGAUGCUGCUGAGGAAAACUCCCUGCCACACUCAACAGCUGAAGAACCACUGCCGAGCGAAACAUCCUUGCGGUCAACGCCGCCGAACAGUACCGCGCCUAAAACCGCUUGGAAAGCAACAGCUUGGAGUUUGCCGUCGAAGCAAACAGGGCGGCGCCGUGCAGCGACGGCGGGGACAGCCGUGGCUGACCACUUCCGCCUCGUGGAAGCGCUGGCCGUCGAAUGGCCGAUCUUCUCAGGCAGUCGAGGCGCUCUACUCGAGUCCAAAGAGCCAGUCCCGGGCAAGCCGCUGCCGGGCGACGGGGCUGAGCUGUCGGAUGAGGAUGUCGACGAGAUUGAGGUUUUCAUCGUACAGGGCUCAGACGAAGCAGAGGAUUCGGAUGAAGAGGAGGAGCCGUGCGAAGAGGAUGGUUCCCAAAGCAGCGAUGCUGCUGAAAAACAUUCCUUGCCACACUUAACAGCAGAAGAACCAGUGCCGAGCCCAACAUCCUCGGGGUCAACAGCGCCGAGCGCUACAGCGCUGAAAGCAGCAGCUCCCUUUGUGGAGAUGCCGAGCCCCUUGUUUAGCAGAAGCUGCAGCAGCAGCAGCAGCAGCUCAUUGUCUAGCUGCGGCGCUGUUGAGAAACCGAACCGGUGCUGA